AUGCAACCAGAGUGGUCGCAGAAGGAAAAGAAGGAUCCUCCGUAUACCGACUCCCGACUUUUCGACGCUUUAUCAUCCUUCAACAGGGAGAAAACCCUAGAGCGAGUAGUUCAUGCAAAGGGCGCAGGCGCGCACGGAGUCUUCGAGAUAACACACGACAUCUCGGACAUAUGUGACAUCGACAUGCUCCUCGGUGUGGGAAAGAAAACGGCUUGCACCGCUCGAUUCUCUACAACGACCUUUGAGCGUGGUUCAGCAGACGCAAUUCGCGAUCCCAAGGGAAUGGCUGUGAAAUUCUUCACAGAGCAAGGCAAUUGGGACUGGGUGUGCCUUAACAUUCCCUUUUUCUUUAUCCGGGAUCCUAUGAAGUUCCCGGGCAUGAUGCACGCACAAAGACGAGAUCCGCAGACAAACCUUGUGGACCCGAAUCUCUGGUGGGACUGGGUAUGCAACAACCACGAGGCCUUACAUAUGGUGGUGUUCCAGUACAGCGAUUUUGGUGAUAUGUUCAAUUAUCGUGGCAUGAGCGGGUAUGUAGGCCACGCGUUCAAAUGGGUAAAGCGAGAUGGAUCUUGGAAAUAUGUUCACUUCUUCUUCACCUCUGAUCAGGGGCCUGACUUCACGAGUGGCCAAAAGGUCGACGCCACUGUUGGAGAUAUGGACUCGGCGACUAGGGAUCUAUCCAACGCUAUUGAACGGGGUGAAUAUCCUAGUUGGACAGCGCAUGUACAGGUUGUGGAUCCCAAGGACGCCCCUGAGUUGGCAUUCAAUAUUCUCGAUUCAACUAAGCAUUGGAACUUGGCGAGUUAUCCACAGGAUAUCCCGGUUAUCCCUCCUCGUCCGUUUGGGAAGUUGACCUUGACACAAAACCCCAAGUCGUUUUUCACGGAAAUCGAACAACUAGCGUUCUCCCCUUCGAAUCUCGUUCCUGGGGUCGAACCAUCGGAGGAUCCAAUUCUGCAAGCGCGUUUAUUCGCAUACCCCGAUGCCCAACGGUACCGGCUAGGGGCGAACCUCCAGCAAUUAUCAGAUAACCAGCCCAGCCCUAGUGCAGCUGAUGCGAAAACAACCCCAACUACCGAGCUUGACACAUGGCUAGCCCAAACUUCUUCUCAGGCUUGGUCUCAGCCAAACGAGCUAGACUAUAAGUACCCGAGAGAUUUCUGGAAUGUUCUGCCUAAACUACGAAGUGCAGAGUUUCAGAACAGUAUUGUGGUCAAUAUGUCCAAGUCCCUGGCUCAGACUCGGGCGGAACUUAGGGAAAGGGUGUAUCAAACUUUGCGCCUGGUUGCUGCCGAUUUAGCUGAUCGUGUGCGAGACGCAACUGAGAUGCUUGUUCCUGAUAAUAUGGCGGCUAGUUCCGGGAUGGUACCUAGGUCAUCUAGGCUCUAA